CAAGAAUAUCCAAUCUAUUUGCUUUUAUGAUUCUCUCAUUUUUUUAUUAGAACAGAAUGGAGCAAAACAAAAAGAAAAAUGUUUUCUAAGAAAAAAAAACCAUUCCAUCUAUUAGUAGUCCCUCUAUCAUUUAAUAAUAUGAACCUAGAACAUAAGUAAGGAGAUAGAUAAUAGAAGAAGAAUAAUAAAGAUAAUAAAAGAAACGACAAACGGAAAGGUUUCAACCUAAAGCAACAUCAGAAGACGAGGAUCUUCAAUUGAAUUAUCUCUAAAUUGGAAAUUAAGCUAAAAAAAGGUAAAAAAGCUAAACUCAAAGAUUGUUGCAGUAUGAUUUAAGAAAGCAUUAAAGAAAUAGAUCAGAAUAGAGAUUUACAGUAAAAAAUACAAAUUAAGGUGUCAAUACUGAAAAGUAUAAUGAAUUCGAUGAUCUCGAUUAAAUUUCAGAUGAUAAAGCUGAUUUAUGCAUAAGAAAUCUUCCAUAAAAUAGAUUAAUGAAAAAAAUGACAAUAUGAUUAUAAAUUAUCAAACAAGAGC